AUGGCUGGGGGCCGUGGUGCCCCCGCACGCGGCCGUGACGAGCCGCCAGAGAGCUACCCGCAGCGGCAGGACCAUGAGCUACAGGCACUGGAGGCCAUCUACGGCGCUGACUUCAAGGACCUGCGGCCGAACGCGUGCGGACGGGUCAAAAAGCCCCCUGAAAUAAAUUUAGUUCUGUACCCUCAAGGCCUAACUGGUGAAGAAGUUUACGUGCAAAUAGAUUUGAGAGUUAAAUGCCCACCAACCUAUCCAGAUGUUGUCCCUGAAAUAGAGUUAAUGAAUGCCAAAGGGUUGUCAAAUGAAAGUGUUAAUUUAUUAAAAUCCAGCUUAGAAGAACUGGCCAAAAAGCAUUGUGGGGAGGUGAUGAUAUUUGAACUGGCAUACCACGUGCAGUCCUUCCUCAGCGAGCAUAACAAGCCCCCUCCCAAGUCUUUCCAUGAAGAAAUGCUGGAACGGCAGGCUCAGGAGGAGCAGCAGAGGCUGUUGGAGGCCAAGCAGAGAGAGGAGCAGGAGCAACGUGAAAUCCUUUAUGAAAUUCAGAGAAGGAAAGAAGAGAUCAAAGAAGAAAAAAAAAGAAAAGAGAUGGCCAAGCAGGGGCGUUUGGAAAUUGCAAAUCUUUCAAGCCAAGAGUCUCCUGACUUUGUAGGAAAUAGUAAACACCGAGCCAACUCCUCAGGGAGAGCUAGGCGAGAACGUCAGUAUUCUGUGUGUAAUAGUGAAGAGUCUCCUGGCACUUGUGAAAUCCUGUAUUUCUCUGUGGGGAAUCCUGACCAACUCAUGGUACACAAAGGAAAAUGCAUUGGCAGUGAUGAGCAGCUUGGAAAGCUUAUCUACAAUGCUUUGGAAACAGCCUCUGGCAGUUUUGUAUUCUUGUAUGAAUGGGUUCUUCGGUGGCAAAAAAAAAAGACUCCUUUUCUUACCAAUCAAGAAAAAGAAAAGAUUGAAAAAUGCAAAAAGCAGAUUCAAGGAGCAGAAGCAGAAUUCAACUCCCUGGUGAAAUUGAGUCAUCCAAACAUAGUGCGCUAUAUCGCAAUGAACCUCAAAGAGCAAGAGAACUCCAUGGUGGUGAGCAUUUUAGUGGAGCAUGUCAGUGGAGAGUCACUCGCCACACACCUGAGCCACUCGGGACCCAUCCCCGUACAUCAGCUUCGCAGGUAUGCGUCUCAGCUCCUGGCCGGCCUCGAGUACCUGCACAGCAGUUCUGUGGUGCACAAGGUUCUGAGCACAUCCAACGUCUUGGUGGACGCAAAGGGCACCAUCAAGAUCACAGACUAUAGCAUUUCUAAACGCCUAGCGGACAUCUGCAAGGAGGAUCUUUUCCAGCAAACACGAGUUCACUUUAGUAACAGUACCCUGCCUUACAAAACGGGGAAGAAAGGAGAUGUCUGGUGUCUUGGCUUCCUACUGCUAUCGCUCAGCCAAGGCCGAGAGUGUGAAGAGUACCCGGUGACCAUCCCUAGUGACUUACCAGCUGACUUUCAAGACUUUCUUAAGAAGUGUGUUUGCUUGGAUGACAAGGAACGAUGGAGUCCUCAGCAGUUGUUAAAACACAGCUUUAUAAAUCCUCAGCCAAAAACGCCUUUACUGGACCAAAGUCCUGAAGAUUCUGGAGGACAAGAUUAUGUUGAGACUGUGAUUCCUAGCAACCAGCUACCCAGUGCUGCAUUCUUCAGUGAAACACAGAGACAGUUUUCACGCUAUUUCAAUGAGUUUGAAGAACUACAACUUCUUGGCAAAGGAGCCUUUGGAGCUGUCAUCAAGGUGCAGAACAAGCUGGACGGCUGCAGCUACGCCGUGAAGCGCAUCCCCAUCAACCCUGCCAGCAAGCACUUCCGCAGGAUCAAGGGCGAGGUGACACUGCUGUCGCGCCUGCAUCAUGAGAACAUCGUGCGCUACUAUAACGCGUGGAUCGAGAGACACGAGCGCCCAGCUGGUCAGGGAUCACCGCCCUCAACCACAGACUCGAGUCCGCAGACUCGCAAUGGGCGGGACGCACCGGGGUCACCCCAGGGUGACACAGACAGCGUGGAGGCCGCGGCGCCACCGCCCAUCCUCACCAGCUCAGUGGAGUGGAGCACGUCCUGCGAGCGCUCAGCCAGCGCCCGCUUCCCUGCCGAUGGCACAGGCUCCAGCAGCGACGAGGAGGAUGAUGAGGAGGACCAUGAGGGUGUCUUCUCACAGUCAUUCCUGCCUGCUUCCAAUUCUGAAAGUGAUAUAAUCUUUGACAAUGAAGAUGAGAACAGUAAAAGUCGGCAUCAGAAUGAAGACUGCAGUCAAAAGAACAGUUGCCGUGAAAGUGAACCGUCAGUGACAACCGAGGCUGUGCACUACCUGUACAUCCAGAUGGAGUACUGUGAGAAGAGCACACUGCGUGACACCAUUGACCAGGGACUGUAUCGAGACACUGUAAGACUGUGGAGGCUUUUUCGGGAGAUUCUGGAUGGAUUAGCUUAUAUCCAUGAAAAGGGAAUGAUUCACCGGGAUUUGAAGCCUGUCAACAUUUUUUUGGAUUCUGAUGACCAUGUGAAAAUAGGUGAUUUUGGUUUGGCAACAGACCAUUUAGCUUUUUCUGCUGAUGGCAAACAAGAUGAUCAAGCAGGAGAUCACUUGAUUAAUAAAUCAGAUCCUUCAGGUCAUUUGACAGGAAUGGUUGGCACGGCUUUGUACAUAAGCCCAGAGGUCCAAGGAAGCACUAGGUCUGCGUACAACCAGAAAGUGGAUCUGUUCAGCCUGGGUAUUAUCUUCUUUGAGAUGUCCUAUCAUCCCAUGGUCACGGCUUCAGAAAGGAUCUGUGUUCUCAACCAACUCAGAGAUCCCACUUCGCCUAAGUUUCCUGAAGACUUCGAUGACGGAGAGCAUACAAAACAGAAAUCUGUCAUCUCCUGGCUGUUGAACCACGACCCAGCCAAGCGACCCACAGCCACAGAACUGCUGAAGAGUGAGCUGCUGCCCCCGCCCCAGAUGGAGGAAUCGGAGCUCCACGAGGUGCUGCACCACACCCUGGCCAACGUGGACGGCAAGGCCUACCGCACCAUGAUGGCCCACAUCUUCUCCCAGCACAUCUCCCCUGCCAUUGAUUACACCUACGACAGCGACAUCCUGAAGGGCAACUUCUCAAUCCGCACAGCCAAGAUACAGCAGCAUGUGUGUGAAACCAUUAUUCGCAUCUUUAAAAGACACGGAGCUGUCGAAUUGUGUACUCCACUACUGCUUCCCCAAAAUAAGCAAGUUUACGAGCACAAUGAAGCUGCCUUAUUCAUGGACCACAGCGGGAUGCUGGUGAUGCUUCCCUUCGACCUGCGGGUUCCUUUUGCAAGAUAUGUAGCAAGAAAUAAUAUAUUGAAUUUAAAACGAUACUGUAUUGAACGUGUAUUCCGACCUCGAAAAUUAGACCGAAUUCAUCCCAAAGAACUUUUGGAGUGUGCAUUUGACAUUGUCACUUCUACCGCCAACAGCUCUCUGCCCACUGCAGAAAUCAUCUACACAAUCUAUGAGAUCAUCCAGGAAUUCCCAGUGCUCCAGGAAAGAAAUUACAGUAUUCACUUGAACCAUACCACCUUACUGAAAGCCAUACUCUUACACUGUGGGAUCCCAGAAGAUAAACUCAGUCAAGUCUACAUUAUUUUGUAUGAUGUCGUGACGGAAAAGCUGACAAGGAGAGAAGUGGAAGCUAAAUUUUGUAAUCUGUCUUUGUCUUCUAAUAGUCUGUGUCGACUCUACAAAUUCAUUGAGCAGAAGGGAGAUUUGCAAGAUUUAACACCAACAAUAAACUCUUUGAUAAAACAGAAAACAGGUGUUGCCCAGUUAGUGAAAUAUGGUUUAAAAGAUCUAGAAGAAGUGAUUGGACUGUUGAAGAAACUUGGCAUAAAGUUACAGGUCUUAAUCAACUUGGGCUUGGUUUACAAGGUGCAACAGCACAAUGGAACCAUCUUCCAGUUUGUGGCGUUCAUUAGGCGAAGGCAAAGGGCUGUGCCUGAAAUCCUUGCGGCUGGGGGCAGAUACGACCUGCUGAUUCCCCGGUUUAGAGGUCCUCAGGCUCUGGGGCCGGUUCCCACUGCCAUUGGUGUCAGCAUAGCUAUAGACAAGAUAACUGCUGCUGUCAUCAACAUGGAAGAACCUGUUACUGUAAGCUCUUGUGACCUCUUGGUUGUGAGUAUUGGACAGACGUCCAUGUCCAGGGCCAUCAACCUAACCCAGAAACUCUGGGCAGCCGGAAUCACAGCUGAAAUCACGUAUGAUUGCUCACAGUCCCAGGAGGAAUUGCAAGAGUACUGCAGACAUCGAGAAAUCACCUACGUGGCUCUUAUCUCAGAUAAAGAAGGAAGCCAUGUCAAGGUUAAGUCUUUUGAGAAGGACAGGCAAACUGAGAAACGUGUGCUGGAGUCUGAUCUUGUGGACCAUGUGCUUCAGAAACUGAGGACAAAAGUCAGUGACGAAAGGAAUAUCAGAGAAGCUUCUGAUAAUCUUGCAGUGCAAAAUCUGAAGGGGUCAUUUUCUAAUGCUUCAGGUUUGUUUGAGAUCCACGGAACAACAGUUAUUCCCAAUGUGAGUGUGAUUGCACCAGAGAAGCUGUCAGCCAGCACUAGGAGGCGCUAUGAAACCCAGGUACAAACUCGACUCCAGACCACCCUUGCCAACUUACAUCAGAAAAGCAGCGAAAUUGAAAUUUUGGCUGUGGAUCUACCCAAAGACACAAUCUUACAGUUUUUAUCAUUGGAGUGGGAUGCUGAUGAACAGGCAUUUAACACAACUGUGAAACAGCUGCUGUCACACCUGCCAAAGCAGAGAUACCUCAAAUUAGUCUGUGAUGAAAUUUAUAACAUCAAAGUAGAAAAAAAAGUGUCUGUGCUAUUCCUGUAUAGCUACAGAGAUGACUACUACAGAAUCUUAUUUUAG